CGAUGAUGCCAGGGAGCCACAGGGGAAAGAGGAUUGGGGCCUGCACCGACUGCAGAAACAACUGGGCCUCGUACCGCGCAGGAACUAUAGACAUGGAAGAAAUAGCUGCCAUCAACGAGGAGCUUGCGCCUACGAUUGGAACCUGCGGCGUCAUGGGAACCGCCAGUACAAUGGCCUGCAUCACCGCAGCCCUAGGGCUCAUCCCGCUCCAAGGCGCCUCAGCACCAGCAGUCUCCGCCGCAAGACUGCGCAUCGCCGAACAAACAGGCGCCAACGCAGUCUCUGCAGCCCUAAACCAGCGCACACCACAGACAAUCAUCUCCGCCGAGUCCUUCUACAACGCCGCCGUAGUCCUACAGGCCAUCGGCGGCUCAACAAACGCAAUGGUUCACCUCAUGGCCAUUAUAAACCGCCACCCAGGCAUCAAAACGGACACAACAACGAUAACCCUCCAAACCCUCGACGCCAUCGGCCGCCAAACACCUCUCCUCGUCGACCUCAAGCCAAGCGGCGACAACUACAUGACCGACUUCCACAACGCCGGCGGCAUGCCCGCCCUCCUGCACCGCCUCAAACCACUCCUCCACCUCGACGCAAGCACCAUCACCGGCAAAACCCUCGGCCAGCUCCUCGACCAGCACCAUCCACCCUCAAACUUCACCUUCGACUACUCAACAAAGGUCAUCCGGCCCCUCACCAACCCCUUACACCCUCACUCCUCCCUCGUCGUCGUAUCCGGCAACAUAGCCCCCCACGGCGCCGUCCUAAAAGCCUCCGCAUCAAAGAACCGCAAGUUACUAAAACACACCGGCCCAGCCCUCGUCUUCGAAAACCCCGCCGAUCUCGCCGCGCGUCUCGACUGCCCAGACCUCGAUGUAACACCCUCCACCAUCCUGAUCCUCAAGGGUAUCGGACCCAUUGGUUCGGGGCAAGGAAACCCAGGAAUGCCCGAGGCAGGGAUGAUUCCGAUCCCGCGGAAGCUCGCCGCGCGGGGUGUCACGGAUAUGCUGAGGAUUUCGGACGGGAGGAUGUCGGGGACGGCGGGGGGGACGAUUGUAUUGCAUGUGUCGCCUGAGGCGGCGGUUGGGGAGUCGGUGUUUGGGGUUGUGAGGACGGGGGAUGUGAUUGUGUUUGAUGCUGAGGAGAGGGUUUUGAGGGUUGAUGUUGAGGAGGAGGAGUUGCGGCGGAGGGUUGAGGAGAGGAAAAGGGGGAUGGUGGAAAGGAAAGAGUCGAAUUUGAGUCUGGCGGCGACGAGGAGAGGAUACUGGGGGUUGUAUGUGCGAGAGGUGAACCAGGCGCAUGAGGGGGCUGAUUUCAAGUUUCUUACGGCUGAGGGGCCACAGACUCAAUAGAAUAGCGG